AGUAACAUAUAUGUGGGCAAAAGGGUAAUUCCAAAUCCAGGCGGUCCCUUCCUUCCUUCUGCUCUGCUUCGCUCUAUAAUACAACAAAUGGCUUCGAGAAAUAAGGCAACAUUUUGGUCCUUCCAGUUUGAAGGAAAACAAAACGUACCAAUAAGACGAUAACUUAUCCGUCGAUCAAAUACUUUCCGACAGAAACCCUUCCAUAUCCAAACUUGCGCCUUCUCUUAAAAAGAGAAAUGGGAUUGGAAAGCGUAGAUACUUCAUCAUUCAUGUCGGAUUUCCUCCAAAAAUGUGGUGGCUACGCCGUCAUCGAUGGCGGCUUUGCCACUGAACUCGAACGACAUGGCGCUGACCUAAAUGACCCUCUCUGGAGCGCCAAGUGCCUUAUCAGCUCUCCUCACCUCGUCAGAAAGGUACACCUUGACUAUCUCGAUGCAGGUGCAAAUAUCAUAUUAACAGCGUCUUAUCAGGCAACUAUUCAGGGCUUCGAGGCGAAGGGGUUGUCUAGAGAAGAAGCAGAGUUAUUACUUAGGAGAAGUGUUGAAAUUGCAUGCGAAGCAAGAGAAAUUUAUUAUGACAAUUGUUCAAAAAGUUCAUGGGAUUUUAUGGAAAGUGGAAACGUAACAAGGCGUCCAAUUCUGGUCGCUGCCUCCAUUGGCAGCUAUGGUGCUUAUUUGGCUGAUGGUUCUGAGUAUAGUGGCAACUAUGGAGAUUCAGUUUCUCUCCAAACACUGAAAGAUUUUCACAGGAGAAGGUUACAAAUUCUAGCCAAAGCAGGAGCUGACAUAAUUGCAUUUGAGACAAUUCCUAAUAAGCUUGAAGCAAAGGCAUAUGCUGAGCUGCUUGAAGAAGAAGACAUAAAAAUUCCAGCUUGGUUCUCUUUCAAUUCCAAGGAUGGAAUUAACGUAGUCAGUGGUGAUUCUAUCUCAGAAUGUGCUUCCAUUGCAGAUUCCUGCAAGCAACUAGUUGCUGUAGGAAUCAACUGUACUCCUCCUAGAUUUAUUCGCGAACUUAUUCUCUCCAUUGCCAAGGUUACAAAUAAGCCAGUAGUGAUAUAUCCAAACAGCGGAGAGACUUAUGAUGCUGAGCGCAAAAUAUGGGUGAAAUCAAGUGGAGUAACGGAUGAAGACUUCGUUUCAUACAUUGGCAAGUGGCGACAGGCCGGAGCUUCUCUUUUCGGGGGCUGCUGUAGAACUACUCCAAAUACUAUUCGGGCUAUAUCAAGGCUUCUUUCUGACAAUUCUUCUUCACCCUUUUAAGUAAUAGCCCAAUGUCUUUUGGUUUUUUUUUUUUCCCCUCUUUUUUUGGUCUAUCUAAGUUCGUAGAAGUGUAACAGGGUCUGCAUCUUUAAUGAAAUAAAGAUGAUUUCAAUUUUCUGGGUA